UCGAACUCUGACUUUAAGAAGCCGUCCUAUGUGGUGUGUCGAUCAGGCAGAGAAGGUCGAAUUCUGGAAGACUAAAGACUCCAGCAAUGUAGCAAUACAUUUUAAUAUCAUCGCCACAACGACAAUGGAGAGGUAUGGGGAUCUAAAAUCCAUGUAUGCUGUUCUCGUCAAGAACCUGAAUUGUCCGAUCUGUAACAGUAAACUGAAAGAGGCUAGGGAUCUAGCAUGUGGCCAUACCUACUGCCUGGAAUGUCUUCAAGAGCUGGUAGCCAUAAAGGGUUGGACGUCUAACAUCAAAUGCUGUCUCUGCCAGAAAAUGACCAGUAUCCCCUCCACGGGCUUAAACGGUCUUGAGCAGAACUACAAGCUCAACUGCAUCCUCGAUGAGCAAGCAGCUAUCAUGAAGAAAAUGGAAGUUUUGUUGGCUGAACAAGCCUCUGCCACACCGAGAGAGCAACAGGAAACCAUUGAGGCAACGGAAACAGUGCAGAUCUGGGUGCGUGACCUCCAAGGCAAGUCACAAUCCUUCCACGUUCAUUUGUCAGACACGACAAACAACCUCAAGCGACAAGUCUACAAGAAGAUAGGCAUCCCACCCAAUAUACAGCGUCUGGUUUUUGGGUGCAAGCAGCUGCAAGACUCAUGGACUCUGAAGGAGUACGGCAUAAGGAAACAAUCUACCAUCGAGCUAACAAUUCCUAAUAGAUCUAGAUAAUAGUAUACAUUCUCAGACUUUAUUG